CGUGACCUCGGAUCCCUUCAGUCUGAAGAGUGUUUAGCUCAAGAUGACAAGGAGUAAACCGGACGAGGAAGAAUACUGGCACAGUUCGAAAUUCAGAGCCUUCACGUUUGAUGACGACGACGAAUUUUCUAGCCUAAAGGAGUCUAAACGAGCUGUUAAUAGUAUCCGCCUGGAUGAUGACGACGAUGAAGAUGACGUGGAGAAGGUCAGCUGGAGUGGAGAGCCUGUUGGAAGUAUCUCCUGGUCUAUUAAAGAGACAGCAUCUAGCGCGGGGCAGGUGCGGGAUCAGGGAUUUCCCAAGAUUGACACUGCUCCUUCAUUGAGCAAACAGGGCUCCGGUUACUCCCUAAGUUCCCUUUUCAAAGGAAGGAGCAAAACUGGGAGCUUCCAGUCUUUUUCAGAAUCUUUCAGUGAAGUGCCCUCCAGAAGUUUUGCACCUGAGCUGCGGAAGCCAAAAUCAGAAUACAAGGACUAUAUCAGUGAUUGGACUCCAGAAGAGACAGUGAAGAGGAUGCGGCGAGGGAAGUUGUACUCCUUGGAGACAUUCCGAUCCUUGAAGGACAAGCUGCUGCUACUGGAUGAAGCAGUUAAUGCACUCGAUGGAAAUGUCAUUACUGCGGUUUUAAUCUAUUUGAAGAAGUCUUUAAGUAAAGAAAUCCUCUCGAGAGAAUUGAUGUCGAGGGAAAUAGCUCUCCGGCACUAUAUUCACUAUUUGAAGGAAGUUGGAGAACAGAAACUACUACUAGAUCUUCUGAAGUCUCUGGGCAGGGUGGAAGAUAUGGCACUCUUGCAGUACAGAGAUCAUCUCGGCAUCAAAGAUGAAGGGCGAAGAAAGGAGUUCUUGAAAAACUGCAUCAGUCUCCCUUUCUCUCCAGAUGAUGCAGCUCAUGUCCAAGACCACUACACUCUAUUAGAAAGACAGAUCAUCAUAGAGGCCAGUGACAAGCAGAUGGAAACCAAAGGGCAGUCGGACAUAUUUAAGAAGUAUCCCAGAAAAGCCUCCAUCUUGAACAUGCCCAUCAUCACUACGUUAUACUACUCCUGCUUCUACCACUACGGGGAGCCAGAGGGCACGUUCAGCAGUCCAGCAAACAUUAGGCAGACCUUUAAGAUUGCAGAAAAGCAGUAUUUCCUCACAGCACUAGGUGCAAGGGCAAAACUGAAAGCAUGGUUCGAUGUGGACAGCCUGUUUACGACCAAAAACUGGCUGGGCUACACUAAGAAGAGAUCCCCCAUUGGGUUCCACCGAGUGGUGGACAUCCUACAGAAGAACAAUGCGCCAGUGCAGGUACUGCAGGAAUACCUGAGUCUGGUGGAGGACACUGACCUGAAGAUCAGCCUGGCACAGAAACACAAGUGCCAUGAUGUUGUCAUCGAUACCUACAAAGACCUGAAGGACCGUCAGCAGCUGAUUGUGUACCGGGGUAAGGUUGAGAGGGGGUCACUGGAGGACAGGAAGAUCGAGGCCCUCCUGAACAACACGCAAAUGCGAUGGAAAAACUGACCCCUUCCUUGACUGAUUUUGGGCAGAGAACCACUUCAGAUGAACCUCCCCGUGACCAAAGUCCAAUACAUUAUACACAAUAAAAGAACAUUUUUCAUGAA